AUGGGCGACAAGUAUGCCAGUCUGCGACGGGCCCAGCUGCAUCUGGACUUCGUCCACGCCAACUCCACCACGCACAGUUUCAUUUUUGGAGCGCUGGCCGAAUUGCUGGACAAUGCAAGAGAUGCAGGGGCUGCAAGACUUGAUGUGUUUUCAGUGGAUAAUGAAAAACUGCAGGGUGGAUUCAUGUUGUGCUUCCUGGAUGAUGGAUGUGGUAUGAGCCCUGAGGAAGCUUCAGAUAUCAUUUACUUUGGAACAUCCAAGAAACGGUCAUCAACCUUGAAGUUUAUUGGGCAAUAUGGUAAUGGUCUUAAAAGUGGAUCCAUGAGGAUUGGGAAAGACUUUAUUCUUUUUACAAAGAAGGAAGAAACGAUGACCUGUGUGUUUUUUUCUCAGACAUUCUGUGAAAGAGAAGGUCUUACUGAGGUUGUUGUUCCAAUACCUUCAUGGUUAACAAGAACCAGAAAAUCUGUCACAGAUGAUCCUCAAAAAUUCUCAACAGAAUUGUCUAUAAUUUUUAAGUACUCUCCAUUUAGAAAUGAAGCUGAACUGAUGCAGCAGUUUGAUGUGAUCUAUGGGAAAUGUGGUACUUUGCUGGUUGUUUAUAACUUGAAGCUUUUGCUUAGCGGAGAACCAGAAUUGGAUGUUAAGACUGACAAGGAAGACAUACUGAUGGCUGGAGCUCUUGAGGAUUUUCCAGAGAGAUGGUCAUUCAGAGCCUACACAUCUGUUCUGUAUUUUGAACCUUGGAUGAGAAUAUUCAUUCAGGCCAAAAGAGUUAAAACAAAACACCUAUGUUAUUGCCUCUACAGACCCAGAAAGUAUCUAUAUGUCACAUCUUCUUUUAAAGGAGCAUUUAAAAAUGAAGUUAAGAAGGCAGAAGAAGCAGUCAAGAUUGCCGAACUCGUGUUGAAAGAGGCACAAGUCACAGUAAACCGGCCUGACAAGACUUCUUUGUCUUCUGCCAAGGACGUAUUACAGAAAGCUUUGGAAGAUGCAGAAGCAAAGCAUAAGAUUCUUAAAGAGAAACAGAGAGAAUUAAAAAAAGCCAGGACACUGUGCUUGAUCUUUGGGGUGAACAUAGAAAAUCGAAGCCAAGCUGGGAUGUUCAUUUACAGUAAUAACCGCCUGAUCAAAAUGCAUGAGAAAGUGGGCCCACAGUUGAAACUGAAGUCCUUACUCGGUGCAGGCGUGGUUGGAAUUGUUAAUAUACCCUUGGAGAUCAUGGAGCCAUCCCAUAAUAAGCAGGAAUUUCUCAAUGUUCAAGAGUAUAAUCAACUACUAAGAGUCAUGGGGCAGUACUUGGUCCAGUACUGUAAGGACACCGGAAUCAGUAAUAGAAAUCUAACAUUGUUUUGGAAUGAAUUUGGAUAUCAGAAGGACAAGGACAUGGAGAGAUCUUUAGAUUCUGUUCAGUAUCAAAGACGACAAGCCAUGGCCAUCCCAUUCAUCAUUCAGUGUGAUCUUUGCCUUAAAUGGAGAAUCUUGCCUUCUUCUAUUACUUAUCAGGAAAAAGAAUUUUUUGACCUCUGGAUUUGUGCUAAUAAUCCUAACCCCUUGGAAAACAGUUGUCAUCAGGCAGAACGCCUGCCUUCCAUCCCUCUGGGCACCAUGAGCUCGGUGUCACCAUCAAAAACUGAGAAAGAGAAACAACUUCGAGAGGCGAUCCAAAGGUAUCACAGUCGACUGGCAGACUCGCAGCCACAGCCUCAGUUUAUACCAACAAGUAGGAUCACUGAAUUCACUACUACCUGCCAAACUUCAGCAUCUAAGGAAAAUACAAAAACUCAGAAAGUCAGGCCUUGGGGCGAUAACUUGAAGCAGGAAUCUCUUGCCUCCUUUGAGCUUUCUGUCAGCCACAGAGGCUGGAAGAGAAACCCAGAAGGGACAAACUCUGAUGUAGAGUGUAUUGCAGAGGAUAAAAUUAUAAAGUCUCCACAGAAGAAAGCGAAGCCUCGACAGCGCAGACGUCUAGCCGCCCUGCCGGAAAAUGUCAGCCUAGCCCAGAGGUCCCAGAACUUGCUCUCAGAUUUAGCAUAUAAUAAUAAGAAAACCUACAGUUCAGUGGUCAUUUACCCCGUGCCAGAUUCAGUGGCCUCUUCUUGGGAAAUCAAUAAGAAGCAGAGUCAAAACCUUGUACAGGAAUGCCAGGCUUUGAUUGAAGUUGAAACUAGCAACAGCGAUUAUCCAGAUAUAAUCCUGGUUUUAGAUAAAAGUGACACUGAGGUCUCAUUGAAACAAGAAAAAAAGGAAGUUUCUCUUAUGAAAAAAGAAAAACAGGAGCCGUGCAGUGAUACUCCAGAAAUAAAGAGAAGCUCUUCAUUACCUAACCGGGAAAGCCUUGGCUUGUUUUUGCACAGCGCGCCGAUGGAAGAUUUAAGUCCAAGUCCUGGACACAACACCAGCUUCACUGUGAGUGGUUGUUGUCACAUUGCUGCUUUACUGAAAGAGUCUUCUCAAAGCACAUCUGUCAAGGAAACUGUAAGAAAACUGGCAUCUAAUUUAAGGGAGAUUCUUCAGUACUUUUUCCCUCAGUAUCAGCUACCAUCAGAAUUUGGCUACACAUCUGUGGAGGAACUUGCAGCAAGUUUUGAGCCGGAGCAAUGCCCAGAGCAGACAAACAAAAAGCUGAGAAUGUGCUUCAACCAGAUCCAGAAUGUUUACAUGGCCCAAUAUGAAAGAGAACUAAAGAGAAAAAUGCAGUCCAUUAUCUAUGAUGCAAAUCAAAGAGGAGUGGUUAAUGAAAUAUCUCUGGGACAAUGUGAAGAAAAAAGAAAAAUUACUGAAGAUAAACUGAAUAAUCUUCGGGUAAAACUGGCAGCACUAUUGCAGAAACUCCAGCUGGGUAGUCCAGCAGGAGACCAGGAGCAGAUUGACAGGUAUUUAGAAGCUUUGCUUAAAGAAGAUAAUCCCCUUUUCCGGAACGCUUUAAAUAAAGUGACUACAGAUGUGGAACACGGUCUCCCUUUAGAAAAAAACGGAAAGUGA